UUGGAAAUGGGAUUUCUCUAAGCCUUGGAGCUCUCCUCACAGCUUCCCCUACACAACUCUCUCAAGGACUUCUUCACUCAAGCCUCUCCUUUGAAGACUUCACCAACAACCUCAAGGCUACCAUAGGGAUAAGCUAGGGUUAUUAUUAGAUUGGAGAGCAUUCCUUGCUUGGUCUAACCCUACUAUAAUAGUCUUGGUUGUUACACUGUCCCCCCUUCCGACAACCCCUCUAAGGAUUCCUCGCUCUCUCCUCUGCCUGCUCUUCCCUCUGUCCGACGGAGUCUGUGUCUGGUACAAAUCUGCAGUCCCAUAAUCCCAUUUUCAGAUUCCUGCAGCUUGUUCAGUUUGAGCAACUUUUCAGCAAACUCCAGUUCGCAGAGCGUCUACUUUCUGUCACUCUAUGCUCACAGCUUUCGACUCGUCUCAGCUUUUGUUAGCUGUUUUCAUGGCAUCCUAUGUCUACCCUUCGGUUUCUGAAGCCCGUCGCAUGUGGGAACUCCAAUGCGUGAUCCAGAAGCAGGUUGUGCCGCUGAGCUCGUCAACUCGCAAUUCAGCGAUGACGCGACCAGCAUUGUAAGCGGCAUCAGUUGCUGUGGUAACAUUUCAAACGGGGUCAGCAGCAUCGUCAGCAGCUGUGAUGUUAGCAGCAACGGUGAUGUGAUGUCAUCAGCUGGGGAUACAAUGGCGAUCGCUGUUGUCAACUUGGCUUCAAGGACGGAUGAUUUUAGCUCAUCAGCUGUGGAGACAAUGGCGACUCCUGCUGUGAAGCUCACUGCAAGGACGUGUGACUCAGCGCGAACUAGCAAGUCCCUUGCAAGAAAGGCAGCAGCAAGUGCCAGCCUGCUACCAUCCCUCAUCCCCAAGCCACGACCAGCCAGAAAAGCAGCUACUGCAGCGGAAACAUCAUCAAAUGUCGACCUUGUUGUGGUGGCGCAUCCUGCAGCUACAUUAGGUAGCAGAGCAAGGCAGCAGCAGAAGAGGAAUGGCAGUGUGGGAUGCAGAGGAAGGCAGUCCGCCAGGGCGACCAAGGCAGAAGCAACGAGGCCUCAUUGGAGACCUUGAGACCUGCUGUAUGGUCGCAGCAAGCAAGCACUGCGAGUUGGAGAGUGGAUUGAUGGGGGGAGAGAGCACAGAGCAGCAAAGCUACUGAUGGACAAGAGGUGGGGUGUUGGGAAUGCGGAGAUACGAGAGGCGACCUUUUUUGCAUCCUGCUGGAAAGGGUGUUUUAGGCUGGUUGGUGGUUUGUUGAGUGUGGUGUUUUAGGCUGGUUGGUGGUUUGUUGAGUGUGUUGUUUUAGGCUGGUUGGUGGUUUGUUGAGUGUGGUGUUUUAGGCUGGUUGGUGGUUUGUUGAGUGUGGUGUUUUAGGCUGGUUGGUGGUUUGUUGAGUGUGGUGUUUUAGGAUGGUUGGUGGUUUGUUGAGUGUGGUGUUUUAGGUUGGUUGGUGGUUUGUUGAGUGUGGUGUUUUAGGCUGGUUGGUGGUUUGUUGAGUGGUGUUUUAGGCUGGUUGGUGGUUUGUUGAGUGUGGUGUUUUAGGCUGGUGGGUGGUUUGUUGAGUGUGGUGUUUUAGGCUGGUUGGAUGAUCUGGAACAGAUGGCUGAAGCUGCUCAUGUGCUCUUAUCGAGACUGAAGGUUGUGUCAACUUAAACAUACUUGUG